AGUAUAAAUAGUGGGGCCAUCUGCGCUAAAUGGCCACAGUACCUUCUCAGUCUGAGGAACGUAAACUUGAACCAACUACAGACAUGAGGAAUAUAUACGCUUUUGCUCUGCUGCUUAUUGUAGCUUUUGCAAGCACCUCCAAUGGUGCCAGCGUUUCUGACCUUCUGUGUCGCAACAAGGCCAACGGCAUUCGUGCUCUGGUACCCGGCAGUUGCUCCAGGUUCUAUGAGUGCCAAAAUGGUGUUGCCAAGGAAUACACAUGUCCCAAAUUCUACGACUUCAAGAUCCGCAGCUGUGUAACCUAUAAUCCUGGUUGCGUUGAGGGUGUUGUCGUUGAACACGUGGCCCAGCAAUCCGUCCGUGACACUGCCCAACCAUGUAAUGGAGCGACAACCACCCCACCACCUUGCGUUACCACCACACCGCCUUGUACUAAGACCACAACGCAAACUCCUUGCUCAGGAAUAAUUACAACAACAACACCAUCAUCAACAACAACAACUUCUACCACAAGCACCACCACUACUACAACCACUACAACUACAACAACUUGUACCCCAACAACUACAACAACCACGACAACCACAACAACUACGACAACCACGACUACCACAACCACCACAACUACAACAACUUGUUCCCCAACAACUACGACAACCACGACUACCACAACCACCACAACGACGACAACCACCACAACGACUACAACCACAACCACUACAACUACUUGUACCCCAACCACUACGACUACAACCACAACGACUACAACCACAACGACUACAACCACCACAACUACAACUACUUGUACCCCAACUACUACGACAACCACGACUACCACAACCACCACCACUACUACAACCACCACAACGACUACAACCACUACAACUACAACAACUUGUACCCCAACAACUACGACAACCACGACUACCACAACCACCACCACCACCACGACUACAACCACCACAACGACUACAACCACUACAACGACAACAACUUGUACCCCAACAACCACGACUACCACAACAACAACUACAACAACCACAACCACUACAACUACUUGUACCCCAACCACUACGACUACAACCACAACGACUACAAGCACAACGACUACAACCACAAGGACUACAACCACCACAACUACAACUACUUGUACCCCAACUACUACGACAACCACGACUACCACAACCACCACCACUACUACAACCACCACAACGACUACUACCACUACAACUACAACAACUUGUAGCCCAACAACUACGACAACCACAACGACGACAACCACGACAACCACAACAACUACGACAACCACGACUACCACAACCACCACAACUACAACAACUUGUUCCCCAACAACUACGACAACCACGACUACCACAACCACCACAACGACGACAACCACCACAACGACGACAACCACCACAACGACUACAACCACUACAACAACAACAACUUGUUCCCCAACAACCACGACUACCACAACCACAACUACAACAACCACAACCACUACAACUACUUGUACCCCAACCACUACGACUACAACCACAACGACUACAACCACCACAACUACAACUACUUGUACCCCAACUACUACGACAACCACGACUACCACAACCACCACCACGACUACAACCACCACAACGACUACAACCACUACAACAACAACAACUUGUUCCCCAACAACCACGACUACCACAACAACAACUACAACAACCACUACAACUACUUGUACCCCAACCACUACGACUACAACCACAACGACUACAACCACAACGACUACAACUACAACAACUUGUAGCCCAACAACUACGACAACCACAACGACUACAACCACUACUACUACAACAACUUGUACACCAACAACCACAACUACCACAACCACAACUACAACAACCCCAACCACUACAACAACUUGUACCCCAACAACUACGACAACCACAACGACUACAACCACUACAACGACAACAACUUGUACCACAACAACCACGACUACCACAACUACAACUACAACAACCACAACCACUACAACAACUUGUACCCCAACAACUACGACAACCACAACGACUACAACCACUACAACGACAACAACUUGUACCACAACAACUACGACAACCACAACCUGUACGCCAACAACGACGAGCACAACAACUUGUACCACAAAAACGAUCUCGACCACUACAUGCCCAGAAACCGCUCCGACAACCACCGCUUGUCCUGACGUGACAACAACUGUUUGUCCCACAUCAAAGGCCGUGGCUGCCACCCAAUCGAAGCGUAAUCCCGUCCGCCGAAACCCCGUCAACCGCCUGCUCUGGGAAGUAGCCGAAUGGGCCGGUCUGUCGUCCUCUAGUUCGGAGGCUCAGCUUAAGGUUUCGUGCUUGGGAAAACCUGACGGAUUCCUGAUGGCAUCUCCCGAACGGUGCAACGACUACUAUAUCUGUCGUCGCCAGCGCGCCCUCAAGGUCAGCUGUGGUGAUAGGUACUUCAACGGACUGAAGGGAAUCUGCGAUCUCCCCGAAAAUACCAGCUGUGUUCAGUCUUAAGUAGAAACUCCGCCGUUGAGACCAACAUCAUUUUGAAAAUGUAACAUGAAAUUAUGGAUCGAAACCUUAAUUAAUUAUAAUUAUUAAUUAUAUAAUUAUGCAAAGGCUUAUAAAAGGCAAUUGAAAAAAUUA